ACGCGGAGGAGCGGAGUGGGAGGUGUGUAGGAGGCGGGGAGCGGCGAGAAGCCCAGCCACACCGAUCGCCCGCCGCGGCCGCCGCCAUGGGCUCCUCGCAGAGCGUCGAGAUCCCAGGCGGAGGCACGGAAGGCUACCACGUCCUGCGGGUACAAGAAAACUCACCAGGACAUAGAGCUGGACUGGAGCCAUUUUUUGAUUUUAUUGUCUCUAUUAAUGGCUCAAGAUUAAAUAAAGACAAUGAUACUCUUAAGGAUCUACUGAAAGCGAAUGUUGAAAAACCUGUAAAAAUGCUUAUCUACAGCAGCAAAACACUGGAGCUAAGAGAGACGUCAGUCACACCAAGUAACAUGUGGGGUGGCCAGGGCUUGUUGGGAGUGAGCAUUCGUUUCUGCAGCUUUGAUGGGGCAAAUGAAAAUGUUUGGCAUGUAUUGGAAGUGGAAUCCAAUUCUCCUGCAGCUCUAGCAGGUCUUAGACCUCACAGUGAUUAUAUCAUUGGAGCAGACACAGUCAUGAAUGAGUCUGAAGAUCUGUUCAGUCUUAUUGAAACACAUGAAGCAAAACCAUUGAAACUUUAUGUGUACAACACAGACACUGAUAACUGUCGAGAAGUGAUUAUUACACCAAAUUCUGCUUGGGGUGGAGAAGGCAGCCUAGGAUGUGGCAUUGGAUAUGGCUAUUUGCAUCGAAUACCUACACGCCCAUUUGAAGAAGGAAAGAAAAUUUCUCUUCCAGGACAAAUGACUGGUACACCUGUUACUCCUCUUAAAGAUGGGUUUACGGAGGUCCAGCUGUCCUCAGUUAAUCCCCCAUCUUUGUCACCGCCAGGAACUACAGGAAUUGAACAGGGUCUUUCUGGACUUUCUAUUAGCUCAACUCCACCAGCUGUCAGUAAUGUUCUCAGUACAGGUGUACCAACAGUACCGUUAUUACCACCACAAGUGAAUCAGUCCCUCACUGGUGUGCCACCAAUAAAUCCAGCUACUACAUUAUCAGGUCUGAUGCCUUUACCAGCAGGACUGCCUAACCUGCCCGCUCUCCCCAACCUCAACCUCCCCGCAGCACACAUCAUGCCAGGUGUUGGCUUACCAGAAGUUGUGAACCCGGGUUUGCCACCUCUUCCUUCCUUGCCUCCCCAAAACUUACCUGGCAUUGCACCUCUCCCCAUGCCAUCCGAGUUCCUCCCGUCAUUCCCUUUGGUUCCAGAAGUCUCUUCUGCAGCAGGCUCGGGGGAUCUGCUGUCUUCCCUUCCACUUGCCAGCAACCCACCUUCUGACCCUGUCACGACUACUGCAAAGGCAGACGCUGCCUGCCCACUCACUGUGGAUGCGAUGCCCCUGACUUCAAAGGCCCUGGCUACUGUUGAGGACAGAGUCAGCGAAUCCGCCCCGUCUGCUGAGAUGCCUGCUCCUGCUAUUACGGAUACAAACGCUUCUGAGUCACCUUAACUUUGAUCUACUCUUCGGAAUCGGCGUGGUGUGUUUAUUUAACCACGGAAGCGUGUCUGGAAAUGCAAACUAUCAUUAAUUUCACACUAGUUUGUACGUCUCUGUAGGCAACUUGUAAAUAAUCCUAAAGGGAGAACUCAGCAAGAGGACGUGGGCUUAUAUCCUGCCAAGUUGGGGUGGGGGCUCACAGGCUGGGGAGGGAAAUGUCAGAAACUGCUUGUAUUUUAAAACAACCAAAAAGAAUUGUUAAGGGGGGCUUGCUGCCAUGGUUCCACUGCCAUUCUUGGGGGUGUACAUCUUUGGAAAAGGUGGUGACAGAGUGUCCCCACUGCUCCUUGUGUAAGAAAAUGAAAUAUUUUAUUCCUAGUUCUCAUGCGCAACAUUUCUUGUACUUUGUAAAUUGUUUGCAAGAAUGCAAACCACCUCACUAACCGUGAAAGGAAACUUUUACUUUUGUUCUCUGUGCAUCGUGUCUCUGUUGAGGUUUACAAGAAAAUUCCAACUAAAGAUGUUUGUGUAAGUUACACAAUGUGCACUAUUAAUUGAGCAUCUUUUUAUUCAGCCUGUACACAGAUCCUUCUUUAAGCUUUCCAGGUCACUCAGACAACAUUUUGUAACUGCUGCUCUUGCUCUAUCAGUCCACCAUCAGAUGGCAUUGAAAAGAAAUAAAGGAGAUGUUGCACAGUUUAAAACUAGAAGGUGGCACUUUGUGGCUACGUACCUUCCUAUCGCUCUACUGGGAAAGCAUAGAUCCAGCAAUAAAUGACAGUAAUUUUA